AUGGAGAAAGUCAACCAAGCUUCCGUGAACUCAAUCAUGAGUGCACAACCUGCCGGGCCUCCUGAUGGGACAGGAGUUAUCAAACUCGACCCAUGGCUCUCCCCAUUCAAAGAGUCCUUGAAACAACGCUUCAGCAAAGCACAAGACUGGAUCUCGGCCAUCAACGAGUCGGAAGGAAGUCUCGAACAGUUCAGCAGAGGAUUCGACAAGUUUGGAUUCAAUGUCGACGCAAACAACAACAUAAUAUACAGGGAAUGGGCCCCCAAUGCAACGGAGGCAUUCCUUGUUGGUGAUUUUAAUGACUGGAACAGGGAAGAAUUGCCCAUGAAGAAAGAUGCAUAUGGUGUAUGGGAGAUCACAGUUCCAGCCAAGGAUGGGAAACCUGCGAUUCCACAUAACUCGAAGGUCAAGAUCUCACUGGUCCUUCCCUCUGGCGAGAAGGUUGAUCGAAUUCCGGCGUGGAUCAAAUACGUCACUCAGGACCUUUCGAUAUCUCCUGUGUACGAAGCCCGGUUCUGGAACCCCCCCGAGUCCGAACGAUACGUUUUCAAGCACCCGAAACCGAAGAAGCCACAAAGUGUGAGAGUAUACGAGGCACAUGUUGGAAUAUCCUCUCCAGAAUUGAGAGUGUCGACCUACAAGGAGUUCACGAAGAACAUGCUGCCCAGGAUCAAGAAUCUGGGAUACAAUGUCAUCCAACUGAUGGCAAUCAUGGAGCACGCUUACUACGCCAGCUUCGGCUACCAAGUCAACAGCUUCUUUGCAGCGAGCAGCAGAUAUGGCACUCCCGACGACCUCAAGGAGCUCAUUGAUACCGCACACGGAUUGGGGAUCGUCGUUCUACUCGAUAUCGUUCACAGCCACGCAUCCAAGAAUGUUCUCGACGGCCUGAACGAGCUUGAUGGCUCCGAUCACCUAUACUUCCACAGUGGCGCAAAGGGCAAACACGAGCUGUGGGACAGCAGGCUGUUCAACUAUGCUAGCCAUGAAGUUUUACGCUUCCUCCUCAGUAAUCUUCGCUUCUGGAUGGACGAAUAUAACUUCGAUGGCUUCCGAUUUGACGGUGUUACCAGCAUGAUCUAUAGUCAUCACGGUAUUGGAACGGGGUUCUCUGGUGGUUACCAUGAGUACUUCGGACCAGGUGUAGAUGAGGAUGGUCUCGUUUAUCUCAUGAUUGCCAACGAGAUGCUGCAUAACCUGUACCCGGAGUGCAUAACAAUCGCCGAAGAUGUGUCUGGUAUGCCCGCGCUUUGUCUUUCACUGUCUCUAGGUGGCAUUGGGUUCGACUAUCGACUGGCGAUGGCAAUUCCAGAUAUGUGGAUCAAGAUUCUCAAAGAAAAGAAGGAUAUCGAUUGGGACAUGGCGAAUAUUUGCUUCACUUUGACCAACCGUCGACAUGGCGAGAAGACAAUCGCAUAUGCCGAGAGUCACGACCAAGCAUUGGUGGGAGAUAAAUCCCUCAUGAUGCAUCUGUGUGAUGCGGAGCUUUAUACACACAUGUCAACCUUGACUGAGCUAACUCCGACAAUUGAGCGUGGGAUGGCGUUGCACAAGAUGAUUCGCCUCAUAACACACAGUUUGGGCGGCGAAGGCUACUUGAACUUCGAGGGGAAUGAGUUUGGCCAUCCAGAGUGGCUCGACUUCCCACGAGAAGGAAACGACAACAGCUUCUGGUAUGCCAGGCGUCAACUCAAUCUCACGGAAGACAAGCUCCUCAGGUACGGAUUCUUGAAUGAGUUCGAUUCCAGGAUGCAGCAUACCGAGGAGAAGUACGGAUGGCUUCAUUCUGAGCAAGCAUACAUCAGCUUAAAGAACGAAUUCGACAAGGUCAUCGUCUUUGAGAGGGCUGGUCUGUUGUUCAUCUUCAACUUCCACCCAGAGAAGAGCUACGUAGAUUAUCGUGUAGGUGUCCAGAAGGCUGGUACCUACAAAGUGGUGUUGAACACCGACUCCACGGAUCUCGGCGGCUUCGAGAGGAUCGAUGCCGGCAGCCGAUUCUUUACCACGCCAUUCGAGUGGAAUGACCGCAAGAACUUCACCCAGGUGUAUAUCCCAACACGAACUGCCAUCGUUCUCGCGCUGGAAGAGACACUUUAG